CCGGCCGUUACUUGGACUUUUUCGGGAACAUACCGAGCGGUUGAAGCAAUUGGAGCUGUCGCGGUCGGCUACACACACACCUUUACAUGGCAGUGCAAGCUUGCAGAAGCUCUCGCUAGCCACGCAGAUCCAUGCGACAUCGGACCCCGGGGCUGGGGAUUCACCGUGUUUACCACCCUAAACGUCAGGAGUAACAGUUCAUGUCGACGGAGGCUGUGGCGAUACGCCGGGCUCUCUCAUGCGGGCGCCUGUGCCGGAGUGUGACUGGAAUACGGAGACGCUCUCCACGAUCUUUUUGUACCACAUGUCCUCGCUCUAGGCGACGUCUCCAAAACCUGCCACGGGAUGAGUAUAAAGGGACGCGAUAAUCUGUGGAUGAAGUCACCUACAUCGAGUCGAGGCCAGCUCUUUUGAGUACCUCUCUCUCUUUACCCAAGCCCACUUUUCGCAUUUCUUUCUUCACGGCGCAUUCUCCCUCUUAUUACACGCGCAUUCUCUCUGUCUUUCUCUCUGCGCGCGCACUUUCUCGAUGGCUUUCAGCAAAACUUUGACCGUUCUCACUGUCGCUGCCGUUGCGGCGGCUAAAAGUGCCAUGGUGCUGCACGAUAGCCUGGCCACUGUUCCUGCUGGUUUCGUCAGCCACGGUCCGGCUCCAGCGACCCACGAGCUGGAACUGCGAUUCGGUCUUGCGGGCAACGACGUCAAGGGGCUGCAGGCCAAGCUGAUGGAGGUCUCGACACCUGGAAGCGCCAACUUCCGUCAGUGGCUCUCGAAGGAGGAGGUCAAGACUUAUAUGGCGCCUUCGUCGGCGACCUUGUCGGCUUUCAACUCCUUCGCGUCCGCCCAUGGGUUGAACACGACCAAGGUUUCACCUUACGGAGAGUGGAUCACCGCCACGGUCCCUGUGGCCAAGGCCAACGAGAUGUUCGAUGCCAACUUCGAGCUGUUCUCGCACCCCGACCUAGAUGGCAAGAUCGCGCGCACGAUGUCCGUUUCUCUCCCAAGCGAGAUGGUGGGCGUCGUGAACGUGGUCCAUCCCUCGACGGCCUUCGCGCCGCCCCCGUUCAAAAACGCGCCGUCGCUGAUCCAGAUCCCGGUGCCCAAGCUCAAGCGCGGCAUCGCUGCAUCGUGCAACACCAGCGAACCGAAUGGAGUGACGACCCCCGCAUGCUUGCAGGCAGUGCACGGCAUCCCGGCUACCCCGGCCACUCAAGCCAACAACUCGCUACUGGUGACGGGGUAUGUCACCCAGCAUGCGCAGAAAGCCGAUUUGCAGGCGUUCUUGGAACAACUCCGUCCGGACAUGCAUUCAUCGACGGGGUUCAGCCUGGAGUCGGUCGAUGGCGGAGACAACCCGCAGGGGCCUGACUUGGCUGGCUUCGAGGCGAGCUUGGACAUCCAAUACACCGUCGGUGUAGCGACUGGCGUGCCCACGAUUUUCCUCUCGAAUGGCAACGACACGGACAUCUUCGGCGCUUUCAUCCACACGGCGACCUACCUGCAAGGCGUCAGCAAUCCCCCGUCGGUCAUGACCACUUCGUACACCUUGGACGAACCGACCGUCGAUCCUGCGGUUGCCAACGCUAUCUGCGAUGCCUACAUGGCACUGGCCGCCCGGGGCGUCUCCGUCAUUUUUGCCGCGGGAGACGGCGGAGUGCAUGGUGGUCACGACGAUUCGAGUGUCUGCGACAAUGAGGCACUGACCCCGGCGUUUCCCUCGACCUGUCCAUUCCUGACUGCCGUCGGUUCGACAUUCGGCAUCCCGGAGAGAGCCGCCAACUUCUCGAGCGGCGGGUUCUCCAACAUCUUCCCGGCGCCGGCGUACCAGACCGCCCAGAUUGCUUCCUUCCUUAAGACCGUCCCGUCUGACUUCAACGCCAUGUUCAACCUCACCGGGCGUGGGUUCCCCGACGUCUCCACCCAAGGCUGGAACUUCCAGAUCAUCAACAACGGCAUCACCACUCUAGAGAGCGGCACGAGCGCGUCGGCACCGACAUUCGCAUCUAUCAUCGCACUGAUCAACGACCGGCUCAUCGCUGCGGGCAAACCCGUGCUUGGCUUCUUGAACCCGUUCCUGUACGCCAAUCCGGGCGCGUUCAACGAUGUCACCGCGGGACAUAACUCGGGCGCCGUGUGCCCUGAAUCUGGCGUCGGUUUCGACGCUACGACCGGCUGGGAUCCCCUCACGGGAUUGGGGACCCCCAACUUUACGAGCCUCCUUGCCGCGGCGAUGGCUUGAGGAAUAGCCGUCCAGGGUUGAGCUACGAAGGUGUAACUGACUUGAUCGAUCUUUACUCAUACAAGCUUAAUUUUAAUGAAGUGUUCACUGGCUGGAUUACCCAUUUCUGGUGUUGAGUCUGGACCUACUGUAUGUCCUUGUCAACGCUAGCUUACUGCUCUCCACCCUCGGACUUUCGCCAAGAGUGUUCCGCGUGGAUGGGAUGUGAAAUCCACGCAUUGUGUGCUGUUCAGCUACCGCGCAUCGCAGCGCUCCUUUUUUUCUCCGUUCGACAUGCGAAAUCGGCUGUAUCCCAGGGCCGAUUCUCAACAGCGCUGGAUCCUUACGUCUUUCGGAUUUGCGCAGACCAGCAGAGGGUUCAGACAAAUGUGUUUGCAGAAACGACUCAUGGACAGUGAC